AUGUUACCUCGCAACCCAGUCCUCCACCCAGCCCUCAAGCUGACGUACUUCCGUAAGGCCAGCUGGCCGGAGGAAUGGAUCACCGAGGCCCGAGACCUCAUUCGCGAGAUUUGGGUGAACUACUACAAGCCGGAGGUUACCGCGCCCAAGGAGACGGACGAUGAUGCCGCUCGCGCCACCUCGUCUGCCGCGCUUGCCGCGACCGCCAUACCUCCUCAAGCAGCUCGUUGGAGCAAGAGUGCUGCGGUAAGUGCUUUGAACUUUCACAGAUAG